AAAACUUCACGUGUGAAAUUAGGCUCCUAUAACAUUCAGGCUUUAUUUUCCUUUAAAAAACCUCCCUGCCCACAAUUUUGACCCGUGAUUCGAAGCCACACCCCAUGCAUCACAAACCAUUAUGCUGUAUGUAACCGCUUGUCUACCGCAAUUCACAGAGGUUGGCGGUGUUUUUACUGUUGAUAUACCGAUGAACGGCUGCAACCUGAGUCUAAUACAUAUUGGGCAUGCGCAAUACAAACACAACAACCGUAUGGUUGCAUAUAUAUCUCUGGCUUUGAAGUUUUUUUGACAAUUCGCUUUAAGCCAAGCACUUGCAACCAUUGGGGGAUAUCGCUGGCCUCAAAGACCUAAAUGUGUGAAAUGCUUUUACCCGAACUGUUUACUGGGAAGGACAUUUCCCUCUAAAGAAUUGACUAGACCUGGGGCCUAACAGCAGAUGGUCUGUAACAAAUGACAGUCCCAUUCCUCCCCCAGCCAGGCUGAAGUAAACAUGCAAUUCCCUCCCCCUUCCAUAAUGGUGAACACAUGGCUGGCUAGCUGACAAAUCAUGUGGCCUUCCUCCCACUCAGUGUUUAAUAUCUGAACCAGAGAGGUGCAAGAUAUGAUUGUUGUGUUAUAGCUCCAUGGUCUGGCAGUCAGCUUUGACACAGGCAUCAUUGUUUUUGGACUGCCUGUUUCUUCUUUGUUUGUGCCCUUGUAAAUAUUGACUGUACAGGAGAGUUUUAUUUCCCAUUUGUGGGUAGGAAGUUUAAUGGGGUGACACCCCCACCCCACUGCCCUUUCCACUGGCAUGCCAUAAAUUGUCCUAGGUAAGCAGUUGUCCAAUCCCAAAAAAUGUGUGUGUGUGGCAUUUCAGCUGUCUAAUUUAUUCAAUGACAGUUGAGAUUGUGCAGUUAUUGUUUUCACAGCUGCAGUAACAGAAGUUCUUUCUUCAGGAAUCCUUGAUUUAGUUAAGUGCCACAUCCUUGAGGCUUGAGGUAAAUUAAAGCUAUAGCCUAUAGCUAAGGUGUAUCAUGGGUGUUUUUUUUCCUUUUUCUUGUAAGGUUUGAUUUUUUAGAUGUUUCUUUCUGGUAGUGUUCAUAUUUACACUGUCAAAUGCGGCUUCUCAACAUGUUUACCGUCUCAUGAUUCCACCGCACAAUUAGUGAGACUUAUGUUCUAAUAUUUGUUUGACAUUUUCUUCUUUUUGGUAGUGUUGUUAGUGCAUACAGAAAAACUGGCAUAGCAUGUAUACUUAGUUUGUGACAAUUGCCUCAUUGUACUUUUUUCCUUUCAGUGUUCUUUCUUCCCACAGGUCAACAUAACCAGGUUGAAAUGUUUGAUUCGAUGUCACUGUGCUUGAAUUAGUCUUUCUUUCUCUACUUCUGGCCUCUGUUUGUAAUUUUUUGUUAGUAGAGAUCAUGGCAUUUCCAUGAUUUAGCAGGAUAGGGAGCAGGAUCAGCCUUGGUACAAGUCAGGAGGCCCAGAGUUUUUUGGCAGCUCACCAAGGCAAGUUGAAGCCCCACGGCAUGGAUCCGGAGCUUGUACGAAAGGAUGCAGUCCGCCGUGUGAGGGAGCAGGGGGGCAAUGUGGAUAACAAGCUUGCCAUUUUGGCCAUGACCCAACUUCAGUUUACGUUGCAAAGUAAAUUGCAAAAACAAAGAAUGGAAAUCUCACUUUGUUUUGGGCCAACUGUGUUAAUUGCAAAUACAAUGUCAUGUAAACCUAUUGCCCAGAGUGUCUUUGUCUUGUUGCUUUAUUUUCAUCUUGACAUAUACACUUGAAUUCCAUUUGAAAAGGCUGACAAGUAAGUUUGACAUGAUCAGAGGGUUUAUUCUAAAUCCCCCGGCAACACAUACUUGGCUCUGUCUGGAGGUAUGUAAUGCUCACUGCAUUCAUAAACUGUUACCUGUACAUGCACUGAUGUUGGCUUUCUUUGAAAGGGGGGAUUUUUUUGUGUUGCUUUUUUUUUUCAUGCAAAGGCCAAUCCUUCCACUGAGCCGUGGAAAACGAUCUAGGGUAUUGUGCCUACUUGUGCUGAUCAGUCAGCAAGGAAAAGCCUUGUGGAUCCCCUAUCAGCGCCAACAAAUUUGCACUGAAGGAGUAUGUCGAGUCAUUUCCGGAAGGAUGUGAGGCAGUUGAGAUGAAAAGGAAGGAGAAACAGCCACGUCUUGGUGGUCCCAGCCGGCUGGCUUCUUCAUCUAUGCCGGCUGCUGCUUCAGUUGCCCCGGUAAUUUGUACUCCAUCUCCUUCGGUGCCCUCAUCACCUGCUCGACCACGGUGAGAGGCUCGUCGUAAGGCUCAUCCUGAUGAGCUAACCGAGGAUGAGCUGGCCCUUGCCCUCGAGCAGGUCGACCCCCUCAUGACCCCUCCCACACCCCAUGAAGCAGGGCAGGAGCUCAAGCCGUCAACUACUGGCCAAGCAGUUUCAGUGGGAGAGUCUAGCAGCGUGGCGAGUCAAGGUCGCAAGGAAACUUGCUGGCCAUUCUCGAGGUACCGCAGCAUGGGCCACCAACGUUGGCAAUGAACACGGCCAAGUCCUGAUGAGCGUCUUGACAGCUGCAGAAGGCCAAGGUCUACGCAAGAUAACCCGCGGCCUUGUCGAGCGGUACCAGGAUGCCGGUGUGCCCCCCCCCCCGGAGGUAGUUUACGUAGACAGAGACUGCUGCGGUACCAGGACAUCCGGACUCUUCAAUGGCUGGCCAAAUCUGCAAGUCCGUCUUGACAUCUGGCACUUCAUGAGGAGAUUUGCCUCCACCUGCUCAACGGAGUCCCAUCAACUGUACCCGUUCUUCCUGUGGCGACUUUCUGCACGCAUCUUCUCAUGGAGUGCAGAGGAUGUCAACCGUCUGAGAGAGGCAAAGAUGAAUCAGCUGAUGGCCCGGAACAUCAGCAGGCCCUCAGAUGAAGACGUGACCAACAGUAUGGGCAAGAGAGCCUUGGCCUGCUACUGCAGACGGACAACCCGUGGUGUAGAGGAGACUACUUGCCUCAUCAAGGACCUCAUCUCUACCUUGGACGGCGAGCAGGGGCGCGACACCAUGGGCAUUCCUCUGUUUGACUCGGCCCGCAUCUGGGACAUCUGGGAGUCCCAGAAAAAGCACAUCGUUUGCAUCCAGGACCCACUUGGGGUGCAACUGUACACUAAGACAGGGGAGGCCUGCAUAGGUUUUGUAGAACUCCCCACCUACCGAGGGUCCUUCCACAACCACCUUAACCGAUUCAUUCCUGGGACCACCGCCAACGACGUGCAUUACCAAGCAUAUCUCAUGGAUGGACUAGUCCGUUGGAACACAGACCGAGCAGCAGACGCCAUCGCCGCUGAUGCCCCUGAACACCGGGUCUACAGCGGCUACCUGCAGCAUGCUGUGGACCAACUGGGACAACGUUUGCUCGGCAAAGCCAUCAACCCCACCCACAGCAUCUCCCAGAAGUACACUGCUCAUUGGGGUUGAGUACCUCUACAAUCAGACCAAUACGGUCCUUGGAGAGUACUCCCCGGUGACGCUGAGGUUGACUAGAUUGAUGGCGACGAUGAGGCCUACCAGGAGGAUGAGGCAGAGUUGGACCCCACCAUCCCUCCACUGGAUGAGGCAGUGGAGCCACCCCUAAAAGUGGUACCGCCAACAGCAAUGCUGGGCCGUAGGAUGUCAUUUAAGAGACCUAUUGGAACCAACUUCCCGGCCAGUUGUGCUGCCUAUUGACAAGCUGGAGCAACCACUGCCAACUCCAAACCAGGGCCACCCAACAGACAUUCAUCCUCCUGGAGCAGGUGAUGCAGCAUCGUCAUCAAGCAAGAUCAAUGCACCCAGGGCCUCAUCAAGUCCACGCCGAGCCAAGCCAACCACGCUGUCUCAAAGACCACCAAGUCCAUCAGAUGCCGACCAACCAGUGACCACCCAGCCUCCCCUUGACUAUGAACUUCUCCUUGUCCUUGUACCACCAGUCACCGAAGAAGCCGCGAAGCUUGAGGACCCACCUGAUUACAAAGAAGAGCCUGACGACAGCAUUGAUGUACGCAACAUUCCUGGGUACAACAGGGUGGAGGCUCUCACAGACUGCCUCUUUCAGUUCCGGCACGAAAGUGGUGUCUUCAGCCAGAGCCUUUCGGACAACAUUAUCAAACUGUGGAAUGCACUCCACAGUUUUGACAAGACUGUUCGCCGCAAACCCCACCACCAGCCUAAGCUCUCAAAGGGGAGGUUCAAACACUCAAAAGGGACUUCUGUGAUUGCUGGCAUUGGCAACACUAGAAGGCACAACAAGAAAUCAAAGGGGCAGGAGCAGGUGGUGCUCGAGAUGGGCGUCAAUCUGCCUCGGCCCCCCUCACAUUGCCAGAGCCCCCACCAGCGGAGAGGCCCACCAUCAUCCUGCAACCCCCUAUCAGGGAACCCCCACGUUUAUCACAUUCUACCAAACACAGCUGAGGAGGCAACACUCAUGCCAUUGAAAACUGGAAAACAUUGUGAAGAUUUUAAUUUCCUCAUUUUUGCCAAGUCCAAGUUUCAUACCUGUUCAAAGAAAACUGGACUUUCAUUUGGAACUUCAUAAUUAAGAUUUCUUCCCAAAUUUUCCAGGACGUUUACAGGUACAAAGAAAAAUUCUUAGGACAAAUUUUCAUUUUUUUCAAGCACUCAGCUUUAUUUCGUAACAUGGGGUGACUGCUCGGGAAUGGUAGCCUGUGGAACCUCUCUACAUUCAUGAAAUCACUAUCAUGGUUGACUUCACACGACUGCCUGUCCAAGCUGAUUUAAGAGAACAUUAAGAGGCCAACCGGAACAGAAAUCCUUUUUGGGUGGGGUGGAAAAACUGCAAACUCAACAGUACAAUCCACCAAUGACAAUUUCCAGUUGAAAACACUGCAUUCCAUCAGCAAAUCAAAUCAGAAAACAUCAGAAAACUCAACAAAGUAGUGUACACAUAUGAACUUAUGUAACCCAUGACUCAAAUGCUUUCAAUUUCUUGCGUAUAAGAAUGUGACAAAUGCUUCUUCUGAAAUAAAAACCAUGGUCUUUGAA